UCUCAGUCUAUCGUCCUCUAUCUUACCGGCUUUUACCUUUGUGUUCGCUUCACGUUGCUGCUGCUUUAAAUUGUGAAUUUCUUCAACUCUGAUACCGAAAUUUCUCGAACCAAAGUUUACUUCAUCUUCAUCAUCUUCUCCGUUUGUGCUUUCAAUUUUUCAAGGUUACAGUCUAUCAUCAUAUCCUUCAAGAUCCAAGUUGAAAAUGAGAGUCAAAGGGAAAAGGAAAGAGAGGAAACUGAGAUGCAAACACAACAACUUGAAACAGAAGAUGAUUUAGAUCUGAUUCCAACUACAAAUUUGGAAACACUCAAAACACAACUGUUGCCUGAGCAAAUCAAUGAAGAAGAACAAAUUGAGAAAGAGAAACAGGAUGAAGAGAAAAAAAAAGUAGAUAAAGAGAAACUAGAAGAAAACCAAGAGAAAGUAAAUGCAGAUCAAGUAGAAGAAGAGCAAAAUGAGGAGGAACAAGUUGAAGAAGAGCACAAGGAAGAUAUCGAUAAGGAAGAGAGUGAAGAGAUUCACUUUCAGAACGAGAGACCAAAGAGAAAUCAGAAGCGGAAGCAAAUUAUUGAUGAGGAAGAUGAAAUAGAAGAAGAAACUGAUAGUGAAGAGGAUAUGGAUGAAGUGAUUCAAACAAAAGGAAAAAAGAAAAAAUAGAAGGAAAAGCAGCAAGUGCGGGGCAAACAUAAAAAGUUUAGACCAAAGGUGCUAGAAGAUACACACUUUCAAAAGGAGAGACCAAAGAGGCAACCAAAACCAACCUAACAUACACAAAAAAUAUCAAGAAGAAACAU